CGGCCGCCGCCCCGCCCCGCCAUGCCGCAGCCGUAGGCAGCCCGCGGCCGCUCCCAGCCCGCGGCCUCCGGGCGGCGGCGGCGGGCCCGGGCCCGGCCCUGCCCGAUGGGCAGCCUGCUGAGCGGGGUCAGCUUCAAGGAGCCCACCACGGUGGAGGACUGCGACUCCACCUGGGAGACCGACUCGGAGCCCGGGGCGGCGGAGCCCGGCGGCGAGCCGCGGCGGCAGGAGGGGGUGUGCACCGCCGCGGGAGGCGGGGAAGAGCCGGCCGAGCUGCCGGCCGCCGAGGGCCGGUCCCAGGAGCCGCCGCCGCCGUCCCCGCCGCCGGAGGAAGGGGAGCGGGCGGAGGGGGACGCCGGCAGCCCCGCGCAGAGCAGUGAUGGAACCGAGCUGACAGCCAAGCCAAAGAGAAGCUUCUACGCAGCAAGAGAUUUAUACAAGUACCGACACCAGUAUCCACAGAACUUUAAAGAUCUUCGAUAUCAAAAUGACUUGUGCAAUCUCCGCUUUUACAAAAAUAAAAUCCCGUUUAAACCUGAUGGGGUUUAUAUUGAAGAAGUGCUAAAUAAAUGGAAAGGAGACUAUGAAAAACUGGAACAUAACCACACUUACAUACAGUGGCUUUUCCCGCUGAGGGAACAAGGUCUGAACUUCUAUGCUAAAGAAUUAACUACAUAUGAAAUUGAGGAAUUCAAGAAAACAAAAGAAGCAAUUAGAAGAUUCCUUUUGGCUUACAAAAUGAUGUUGGAGUUUUUUGGAAUAAAACUAAUUGAUAAAACUGGAAACGUAGCACGAGCUGCUAACUGGCAAGAAAGAUUUCAACAUUUGAAUGAGUCCCAACACAACUACUUGAGAAUCACUCGAAUUCUGAAAAGUCUUGGCGAGCUUGGAUAUGAGAGUUUCAAAUCUCCCCUGGUAAAAUUUAUUCUCCAUGAAGCACUUGUAGAAGAUACCAUUCCCAACAUUAAGCAAAGUGCUUUAGAAUAUUUUGUGUAUACUAUUAGAGACCGAAGAGAAAGGAGGAAACUCCUGAGAUUUGCCCAGCAACACUAUACGCCCUCAGAGCAUUUUAUCUGGGGACCCCCAAGAAAACAGAAGUCAGAGGGAAGCAAAACAAAUAAAAAGCCAGCAUCUCCAAUUUCUAUUCACAAUACUUGUAUUUCUAAGAAUAAGAAAUCAAAAGAGCCUAAGAAUAUAUCAGCAAGUGGAAGCUCAGCUGGUAAAAUAACUGAAGAAAGAAAGGUGGAACUCAUAAAAAAUGGGGAAGAAAAUGACCAGGAUGAACAAGAAAUGAACUGUGAUGCUGUUAAGCAGAACAACAGUGAAAAGAACAAUGAUACCGAUGUCAGUCAGCUUUCAAAAUCAGAAGAAAUUCAUGAUACUUCAGACAGGAAAGAGGAUGCUUCUCAUUCCAAAAAAGAUGAUGAAAACCUAAACAAUGACUGUGGAAAUCACCCAGGCACUGUAGAGAAAGAUUUAUGUGACACUGAGAAUUCUUCAAAUAACACAUCAGCAGAUCUACAGGAUAACCUUGAUAAGGAUACACUUUCAGGGGGUACCACCACAAUAAACAAGGAUGAGCUCAAAUCAUGAAUCUGAGGUUAAAAAUCAUUAUGUUUCAUAUUGAAUGAAGCAAAUUAUUCAUUCCUCCUUCAUUUUAGGUGAAAUUUCCAGCUAAUGUAGUAUAAAAUGUUGAUGAGACUAUGCUUGUUGCGAAUGCAUCAGAUUAGGCUUCUGUUACGUUAAUGAAUUUGAUUUUUUUGUCAACCUCAGUUUAUCAGCAGUCAACCAGGUGUGGCUCUUUAAAACAAUUGUGUAUAUUCAAAGCUAAGAAAUCCAUUAUCUUUUCCAGACAGAUUGCAUAGAAUAGCUUAUCUAUUUUUUUGCUAUUAAAUUAAUCCAGUAUUAAAAAACAACAACAACAAAAAAAAAAAACAAAACAAAAAAAAAACACCACCAAAAAACAACAAACCAAAAACCAAACCAAACAUAGCUUACUAGAAAGUCUCAGAACAUCAGAAUUUUUAUGUUUCUUUUAAUAUGCUUUAAGUGUUGAUUUCCUUUUAUGAAAUUACUAGAAAUUCUUUCAAGAGCACAGUCUUUUCCCUAGUGGAUAUUUUUUUUUAGGAACUAUGUUAAUGUUUAACAGCAGUAUUUGCACAGCCUCUUUUACCUUAGAUUAGCAUCCUUGUCAGAGAUACUUAGUAACGGAUAUCAAAAUGUCCUAUGCAGCUGGGUGUCAUUGUACAUUGAAAAAAAGUUUAACUUACAAUGAAACUGUAUUCACAGCUUUUGGGAAAAAGGGAAGUUGCACUUUAGACUUCUUUCAGUCCCUGUUAUGUUCUCUCUUCUCUUGACUCAUUUGUUACUACUACUAAUUUGGGGGGAGACAUCUCUUUGGUCACUCAGAUUUGGUCUCAGUGUGAAAGCUCCUUGUUGAUCAGCUGUAAUAAAACAAUUCCCUCAGCUGGGUUCAGCACCUGGAAAGCCUCUGGACAGCUGAAAAUCAGUGUCUUCACCACAAAGCACUGAUGAAUCAUCAAAGCUGCCAGAAAAUAUGUCACCAGGCCUGUCCAACUGGAUCUUACCUGAACUUGGAUGUUUCUUGGCCAGUUUUAGGUAAGGUCUGCACAAUGAUGAACCCCCUGUUGCUGGUCUGGGAGAGAAAGGCAGACCUGAUGCGUCCUGCCAGCUGUCUGUUUCCUCUCUUUGCUCUCUGUCAGAGGUCUUUCACAGUUUAAUGGUUUUUUGAUCAUCGGCUGAAACCCGAGGCAGGCCAGUCUGCUGGCCUGGCUGGAGCCCAGCAGGUAGGAAUUUCCCAAUUAAGAUCUUUCCCAGCUUUCUUCAUUGAAGGACUAUCUACUUUCUCUGAGUAGCCCCUUCUGACUUCAUGCCAUUCAGUCAAACAAGGUAGUACCCAGCAAGUUAAUUGUGUAGAAUAUGAAUUUAAAAAUAAUGCAGGUAGAACUCACACUUUCUACAGGCGUAAAGUAGUCUAAAACUUCUGUAUGUAUUUUCUAUUUAAAAGUGUAUAUAUUAUCCACUGCCUUUAAUGUAUUUUUGAUGAAAUGUUAUGAGGCAAGUGGCUGACUACAGUUUGAGUGUCAGAGUGCUACAGGACUUUAUUUAAGUCUUGUAUAACUCAAAAUGACAAAGUCUUCAGGGGUUUCAGAGCACAGAAAAAAUGUCUUGUAUUUUUCUGUUUUGCUAAUUCCCAUCAUGGCAGUGCAUUAUCCAUUGCUUUCCCCAGGUAACACUGUUUCUUGGGGUCAAAUAGAGUGGCAAUUAGAGAUCUUGGUACCCAUGGACAAAUAUUAUGCUCUUUCCAUCCUAAAGAGGCAGGGAAGAAGGAAGGCGUAUCCCUCCUUCUCCUGUGCUGACUUGUAAGAAAAGGAACAUAUAUAGAUAUAUUUUUUUAAGGGUAACCCAGAUUGCUCAAGGAGGCAUUAAGUCUAUCCGAGCAGAAAUGCCUCAGAGAAUUCCUCACACAGCCACUGCCUCUUUAAAGCUGGAAAGUUGAUGAGAAGCCUUUCAGAAUACCCUGGACUUGAACGAGGAUCUCCUUGUUCACGUUUGCCUCUCACCAUCAGAGCCAAAAGGGACACGAAAUGCUGAGGUAAAAUUGGUCUGUGUAGUUAAGGACUCUGACCCCACAUGUACUCACAGGGAGGACAACUUUACGUUCUGCCUAUGGCUUUUUAAAUCUCGAGUGCCUAACUGUGCCAACUUAACAGUGUUGUUUUUACGUAGUUAUAUCUUGAAUAUCAUAGGGAAAAUUUAUACCCUGUGUAUGAGUGACAUAACUGUAAGGUAGGUAGUUAUACAGAGCCUUCAAUUUAUGGACUUUAGUAUUAAGGUUAAACACUUUAAAAAAAAAAAUAUGUAGUGUUCAAGUGAAAUAAGGGAUGCCAAGGAUAUUGUUAGGUUUGUACUGUGAUUUGAUUGAACAUCGAUGACCUCAGGAGAUCUUUUGUGUACUGAACAAAAAAAUAAAAAGAGAAAUCUUGCUCUAAUUUUAAGCCAGAAAGCUCUUGGGAUGUGCAUCCAAAAGAUUUCUCUGCAGUACAGUAUUCUGUUAUUGUGACACAGCUUUUACCUAUACAUGCUUGCUGGUUCUCCACUCAGAAUGAAGUACUUAAUGUCCUUUUAAUCUGUCAGGGCUUGUCUGCAGUAAGAGCCCAGUGUAUCUGAAAAUACAGUCAAGAAAUUUAGGACUCCUAUCCUUGUUAAGUCUGCAAUUAUUUUUUUAUUUUUUUUAAAUCCACAACUCAGUUUCUAUCAGUUUUCAUAGAAGUGAGUAGUGACAUACCAGUUGCCUACAAAGAACUAUGGGGAUUAGGUGAGUGAGGUUUUUUGUGUCAGGUGGUACUCCUGCACUCUGUAAUCUUUGUUUUACAGUUUUAUCAACAAAAUUACUCCCAUGGGACAAUUUAACUUUAACUAACAAAUUUUGCUCUAUGUAAAAUGUGAUGAUUUAUCAUUCUUUUCAUGGAGGAGUUGUUUCUUCUGAUUUUGCAAGUGCUUAGAAGAAGGAUUCAUUGCAGGGCAAUCAUGCAGUGUAGCAUCCCAUUGGGAUUUAUGAGGAUCAAGUGGGUGCACUCUAUCAUUUCAUUACAGAAUCAUGGCCCUGGCAACCAGAAGCACCCCGUGCUUGAAGUUUUUAAGUAUUGGCUUUCAGGUUUACAGUACAAUAUAUGUUGAAAAGAUUGAAUUCUCGUAAAUACCAGUACUUAGUUAUUUAACCAUUACUUCAGAAACUGAGGGUGUGCAAAGAAAGUCAGGACAUUUGCUCACUGUUAAACUUGGGUUUGUCUUGCUAUACGCUUAAGUAUUCAGGGAUUUCUUUGUACUUACUACAAUAAUGUAUUUUGGCCUAGUGUUUUACUAGUAUCUGAGCAAUUCAUUUAUUAAUUAAACAGAACCUCCCAUGUAGGGGUUCUUUUCUAAUAAGUACAUCUGAGUAGCCUCUGGUACUGUUAAACGGGAGUAGUGUAUAUAUGCACACACCUGUGAACUUGAUUUUAAGUAUCCUAUGAUGAGGGGAUAUGAAUGCACAACUUGACAAGAUGUUGCUGAGUACACACAUGCAGGUGAAGGCGAUCGUACAAAUCAUGCAAAAAUGCAGCACUUUAAGAUUAGUUACAGCUCUGUGCCCUACUAUCCAGGACAUAACUGCCUCGGUAGCUGAUACUGUGUUGGUGUAGAGACUGAAAGCUUGGGUACAUGAGGUGUGCACCAUAGGCCAUCCAGAUAAGAAGAGCAGUUAUGCAUGUGCACACAUCUGGGAGCAGACCUGAGCUCUUGGUGUCCAUAUUGCUCAUGUUUAAAGGUGUGAUCCUGAAGGAUGCUAAAAAUACUGUCAAUAAGCCUUUGAGAGCUGUUCACUGGUUUGGUUGGCUCCUCAGUUUCCUGCUCCAAGAUUGCAGCAGCCUGAUCAAUUAGGUAUUUGUAUAAUCAUAGUCAAUAUUUCAUACAACCUAGUGUAAGCCUCCUUGAAUUAUUUCAGGAUAAUUGUAACAAUCUGCAGUUACAUAUACUCUUACUAUAAUCAGAAAGUUUACAGAUCUUGGAAGCUUUGUCUAAUUUUGAUGGAUGAUCCAAUAAGAUAAGUCAAGGGAGAUUUACUAGAUUUAAAUGGAAAACAGCUCUUGUUUUCUUUUUAAGUAAAAUUUAUGUAUAUCUGUUUAAUUAAAUUUUUUUUUCACCUUUCUUUUCCUGACGGUUGUGAUGGUACUGAUCACAAAUUAUAGUAAGAUAUAUAUGUUUAAGUGAAAAUUCAGUUCUUAUUACACCAUAGUUUUACAGGUAACAUUACACUGAAUUUCCUUGACAAAAGCUGUAUUUCUGAAUAAGAUGCAAGUAUGUGAAAUAAGUUUUGCCAUUAAUAAAAGUGUGACAAUGUCAUGCUAACGAUGUACGUUGUCCUAAGUGUUACCUAAGAUGUUUCUAGCCUUGUAUCCUGCCUCCAGCAGUGGCCACCAACAGAUGGUGUGAAACAAAGAACAGAUGAGGUGACCCAGAUUUUCUCCAGGAAUUUUUCAGUUUUUGAACUCAAGGUUUCUUUCAGGCUCCACGGUCCCUUGUGGCUGUGAGUUCCAUGUUUUAGUUGUUUUGUGUGGAAAAAGUGAUCUCUUGUUUGUCUCAGAUCUGUUUAUUCAAGAAUUGCUAGUGCAUAUUGAUACAGUUACUAAAAGUACUGUAAGAUGAACAGUAAUUCACUUCAAGUCAAUCUUUAAAAGCUGUGGGAGAUUCUAAUGAUAAAAUACCCGCUUAGGUGGAAAAUAUCCUAUGUUACUGUCCUUAGGCAGAUGAUGUCUGCUUAGGCAGAAAAAUUGUCCUGUGUUGAUGACAGUAUUCUCUUAUUUGUCCCUUCUGAAUAAAAUUUUACACAUAAAUCCUUUUGUGUGAAGUAUUAGAAGUCAGAUUCCAACUGCAGAACAGAUUUAUUUUUUUUUCCUGUCAGUGUAAAAGCAAGACCAGUCAAAGGCAAAACCUAUUCCUAGCCCACAUCUGAGUGAGGUACCUCUAGGUUUGGAGACACCAGCAUCAGUGAGUGUAACAUUGUGAUCAUGUAGAAGACAAAAAUAGGGGUUUGCUGAGUACCAUACACCUCAUUCCACAUUUUGGUAACUUAUUUUGAUACGUGUCCCCAAUUUCAGUUGCAAUUGGGGUAACUGCUCAAAAGGUGGUUUUGGUGGCCAUCGGAGCCUGACAGUAAAGAAUGGGUCACAAAGGCGAAGCGUAGGCAGCCUGCCCUCCGUCCCCAUCGUGGUCAACAUCCUAGAUACACUACUGACAGGUAGUUAGAUGCAGUUCUCCAAGGGGAAUGUAACUUGUGUCUCUGUAAUAUCUUUGUGCUCUGUAUUGCCUAUGAACUAUUUAUUUUCCUGAAAGCUGUGUUCCUUUUACAGCCCACAUUCUUAAGUAUACUUACUUAAGACCAUUGGGGAAAGCAAGAGUUUAUUUUAAAGAAUAUAUUUAAUACAUGACAUACCUAAUGGACUAGUAAAAUACAGUUCAAAAGCUAUAGGGAUCAAUUAAAUAGAGACCUCCUGUGGCUUUACACUUACAAUCACGUUUAUUUUCAGAAGGAUUAAGCUGUUUGCUAUAAAAUAACAAAUGUGAGAAUUGCCAAUUUGUUCUGAAAUAAGUCUCUCACUUCUUAGAAACUCAUCCCUUUUUAAUUCUACCAUGCUUACAGGUCUGGUGGAGUAUUCCUCAACUAAAGUUUAUUGUGAAAUAUACUAAAUGUAUUUACUACUGUGGCUAACUAUGUGAAAACUAUUGUUUUGCUGUAAAAAAAAAAAAAGUUAUGGCACUUAUUUUUGGUAUCUACUGAAGCAUGUUUGCUUAUCAUUACUUGCUCUUUUUAUGUGUUUUAACCUAUUCCAUGGUUGUUUGCCCUUUAUGCUGUUUGAGUUCAGCAACAGAUGAUUAGGUAUAGUUUUGCACUGAUAAAAUUUGGAAAUAUCAUAGACUUCAUUGUUAAAAUGUAUUCUAAGAAAAAAGUGCAGUAAAAAGAAAAAAACCAAAACCCAACUAUUUUGACUUGCAAAAUGAAACAGCUACGUGUCAGUUUUUAUGAAUGGUCCUGCUCUCUUCUCUGUAUUCCUUUGCAGUGUUUAAUUACAGAAUGCCGUGCAUGUUUGGUAGUACCAAUACCAUAUGUAUGUGGUAGGAGUGGUAACCAGUUUCUGGAUUUGUAAUGCACUAUAAAGAUAUAUUUUAUAAUUCUGUAACUGUAUGGCAGUGUUAUGCCAAAAAAAAAUAUGUAUAAACGUAAAAAGCAAUAGUUUUUGUUGCUUACUGCUAUAUUUUAAAUCGUUUGUAAAAUGAAAUACUUGGAUUUCCUUUCAGGUAAAUAUAUUUUUAAUAACAGCAGCCAAAAACUCUAAACUAAUAAAGCUUCUUCAUUUAGCAGCAUUGUUUUAGCAACAUGUACAAAUAUUGUGUAUCUCUAAUAAUGUGUAAUUGCUGUUCAGCACUUGUUUGUAUAGUCUUCUGUAAACGUAUUAACACUUAAAAAGUAGGGCAUUAAA